AUGACCAUUAAAGUGUUUAUCAGCAAUUCUGCCUUCAGUUAUGAGGUGAGAAAAAAACAGCAGGAUAUAUUGGAUAUUCUAAAUGCUCUUCACAUUGAACAUGAGUGCAUUGAUGUCCUUGACCCCCGCAACGAUGAACAGCUCAAGUUUAUGCAUUCAAACAGUAAGCCCAAGAAACCAGGCCAGAAACCAACCCCGCCACAGAUUUUCAACGGAGACGAGUAUUGUGGGGACUAUGACAAGUUUGCAGAAUCGCUAGAGUGGGACCAGCUUUAUGAAUUUCUCAAAUUAGAAAACCCAAACAAGACAUCCAAAGCUUCAGUCGUUAUCACAGGAUCUGAGAAAGACAAAGAAACUGCAGAUGAAGCUGGGGAGACAAAAGAGAAAGAAGGAGAGGAGGGUGGAGAAAAAGAAGAAGGGGAGAAGAAGGAGGGAGAUGAGGAAGGUGAGAAAAAAGAAGAGAAGGAAGAAAAAGAAGGCGAGGAGAAAGAAAAAAAAGAAGGUGAGGAGAAGGAAGGAAAAGAAGAAGCGAAGAAAGAAGAAAACCCGGCGGCAGCGUUCAAAAAUAGGUUCAAGAAAGCUGAAGAUGAAGAAGAUGAAGGGUUAGACUUUGGUGCCUUUGAAGAAAAAGAGGAAGAAAAGAAAGAAGAGCCGGCAGCAGCUUUCAAAAAUCGAUUUAAGAAAGUUGAAGAUGAAGAAGAGGGCGGGUUAGACUUCGGUGCCUUUGAAGAAAAUGAGGACGACAAGAAAGAAGAAGAAAACAAAGGAGAAGAGAAAGAAGAGGAAAAAGAUACAGAAAACAAAGAAGAGGAAAAGGAGGGAAAAAAGAAAGAAGAAACAAAAGAAGAAAAGAAAAAAGAGGAAGAAGAAGAAAAGAAAGAGGAGCCUGCCACAGCAUUCAAGAAUAGAUUCAAGAAAGCUGCAGAUGAAGAAGAAGAAGGAUUAGACUUUGGCGCCUCUGAAGAAAAUGAAGAUGAAAAGAAAGAAGAGAAGAAAGAAGAAACCAAAACUGAGGAGAAGAAAGAGGAAAAGAUAGAAGAAGAAGAAAAGAAAAAGGAGGAGAAGAAAAAUGAUGAAGAGAAGAAAGAAGAUCUUGCAGCAACAUUCAAGAACAGAUUCAAAAAAGCUCAUGAAGAGGAUGAGGAGGAAGGGUUUGAUUUUGGUACUUCAGAAGAGAAGAAAGACGAAAAGAAAAUUGAAACAGAUGAGAAGAAAAAUGAAGAAACAGCAACCUCUUUCAAGAACAGGUUCAAGAAACCAUAUGAUGAUGAAGAAGAAGAACUUGACCUUAGUUCUGUUGAUAAAAAAGAGGAGGCAGAGGGUGCAGAAAAGAAAGAAGAUAGGAAACAGGACAAGACAGAAGAUACGAAAGAAGAAGAGAAAAGUGAAGACUCUGCAGCUUUAAAAAGCAGAUUCAAAAAAGCAGUUGAUGAUGAUGAAGAAGAAAGCCUUGACUUAAGCAGUGUUGAACAGAAAGAGGGUGUGGAGAAUGCCAAACAAGAAAAAGAACAAGAAUCAGCAAAAGAGGAAGCCAAGAAAGAGGAAAGUAAGAAUGAAAAAUCUGUGGCUGGUUUCAAGAAUCGUUUCAAGAAGUCAUAUGAUGAAGAGGAAGAGGGACUUGACUUAAGUAGUCUAGAGAAGAAAGAGGAUGAAAUGGAAGAUAAAGAAGAAGGUGCAAUAAAGAGUGAGGAAAAAGAGGAAGAAAAGGCAGUAGAAAAUGAAGAAACAGCACCUGUUUCAAAACAACGUUUCAGAAAGCCAAAAGAAGAUGAUGAGGAGCAAUUAAAUUUUAGAGAAGAUGAAACCACUAGUGAUAAAAAAGAGAAUGAAAGUAAAGAUGAAAAAAGGCAGAAAGAAGAGAAAGAAAAAGAAAAGGUUAUAACAGAAGAACAAGAGAAGAAAAAGACAGAUGAAGCGGAACAGAAAGAUGUUAAAACUACAGAAGAUGAGAAAGCCAAUGAAGUGAAAUCUGAAGACAAAGAAGAGAGUAAGACUGUAGAUGCAGUUAGUGAAAAGAAAGAUGAUGAUGAUGAUGCAGCAUCAAGCUUUGCACGACGCAGGAGGAGAAGGGCACAAGAAGAGGAAGAAACUCCUUUGGUUGCUGAAGAAGAUUCCAGCAAAAAAGCGGCGGAGAAAAAAGAAGAGGUACCAGUACCAGAAGAAAAGAAGGUAACUGAGGAAGAUGACAAGGAAAAGAGGAGAAGACGAAAGGAGGAAGAAGCACCAGCAGUAGAGGAAGUUCCUGCAGAGGAUGACAGGGAAUCUAGGAGGCGACGGAGAAAGGAGGAGGAGGCACCAGCAGCAGAAGAAAAGAAGGCUUCUGAGGAGGAUGACACAGAAGUAAAGAGGCGACAAAGAAAGGAGGAAGAAGCACCAGCCGAAAAGGCUGCUGGAGAGGAUGAUAGGGAAACAAGAAGGCGACGAAGAAAAGAAGAAGAGACACCACAACCUGAAGAAAAGGUUUCUGAGGAGGAUGACAAGGAAACAAGAAGAAGACGAGGAAAAGAGGAAGAGGCCCCACCCCCUGAAGAAAAAAAGGUUUCUGAGGAGGAUAACAAGGAAACAAGAAGAAGGCGAAGGAAGGAGGAAGAAUCGCCAGCACCAGAAGAAAAGAAAGUUUCGGAGGAUGAUGAUAGGGAAGCAAGGAGACGACGGAGGCAAGAGGAGAAAGAAAAAGAAACUGUGGCUCCUGUAGAAGAAGAUGACAGAGAAGCAAGGAGAAGACGUCGACGUGAAGAGAGAGAGAAAGAGCAAGAGGCUGCACCAGCUGAGGAAGUAGAUGAUCGCGCAGCCAGGAGAGCCAGACGGCGCCGUGAUGAGUGA